CAAUCCGGUUCCAGCUAGUUCUGGUCCUGCGAGGACGUUCAUUUGAAGUUCGAAGCAGAGUGUUUUGGAGGUAAAUUCCUUCAAGGUGUGGUGUGUGCCGACUUGCUCAAGUGACAAAGGCUCUCGAGAAGCUUGACAACAAUGGGAAAAACGAAGGUCACAGAGACUCCAGUAGAUGAAAGCGCAGCGCCUCGGCGAAAGUCUCUACGAUUGUCAGCACAGAAAGAGACGGAAACUAAACCGGAGCCAACAAAGAAGGCGCCUAAGAGCCAAAAGGUGAAGGAGGCGGCUAAAGACAAACCGGAGCAGAAGAAAGAGGAACCUCAGGAGGAAAAACAAGAGGACCCUGCUGAAAAUGGAGAGGCCAAAGUUGAAGAGGCUGCUGCAGAAGAUGGGAAUGAGGACAAGACAGAAGAGGAAAAAACAGACAAGUAGUGGCGACUCAACUCGCCUGCCCAUGCUCCCUGUAUCUUCUUUAAUGUCAAGUGCACAUGUUUUUGUUUUCGGGGGUGGGAAGUGGGGGAACAGCAGCUUUUUUUAGGGACAUCAAUGCAGAAAUGCAUUUAAAUCUUUUGUUUUUCUCCAAAUGCCAUUUAAUUUCACGGCUUCUGUGAAGGGAAUGUUUUUACCUUUCUGUCUUGGGUUUUAUCUCGCUUCCCUUUUCCUCCCUCGUCGGCUUCUUUAGCUUUGUACGAUGUAGUCUUCAAUCGUCAUCAGAAAUCUGAUGUAAAAAAAAAAAAAUUAACAUGGAACUUCUCAAGGGAUUUUGUAAAAUACCGUUUUUAACAAUCUGUAAAACGUGGUCCCUCUGGUUGUUAAGAUGAAUGUUUGAAUGUGUGUUUUGGAACAAUAAUUCUUUGGUUGACUGUAAAAUCAUCGUUUUUGCUCCAAGAACACCCAGCAUGAUUGUGUUUGUUGCAUCCUUAAGAACGUGCACAGCUGCUGUUUAAACUUUUUUCCUUUUCAACAACAACAAAAUGAUGUUGCCAUCUUAUCUGGAUCUAGUGAUGGUACAUUUUUGUUUUAGCUCUGCUCCAUGCUCGCUCGCUCAGUUGCCGCAACUGUCAACAAUAUGUACACUUGACAAAUUUGUGGCUAUACUUAUUGUGACUUGGGGACAUCUCGAUGUACAGUUUUGUUGUUGUUCUUUGUUUUAUUUUUUACAGUUAAUAAAAAACAUUCUUUUA